UUUUUCUCUGUUAUACGUACUCGUGCUUUCUUUUUUUUCUUCUGCUGUCGAUAUAUAUAAAUACUCUCUCUAUCGUUUCUUUUUUUGCUGUGGAUAUAUAUAAAUAUAUAUAUAUAUAUAUAUAAAUUCGGGUGCGAGAGAGAGGAGAGAUUGAGAGAGGCGGAGAUGGCGGAGGAGGAGACGAAGAAGGUGGAGGUGGAGGCGUCGCCGGAGGAGAAGGAGGUGAUUCCGGCGCCGGCUCCACCGCCGGCACCGUCGCCGGAGGAGGAGAAGCCCGGCGGCAAAUCGAAGGCCCUCGACAUCGUCGAGAAGGUUGCAGAACCUUCAACUGAAAAAGAGGACAGAGAUGCUGUUCUUGCAAGGGUGGAGACAGAGAAGAGAAUGUCUUUGAUUAAGGCAUGGGAGGAAAACGAAAAGAUUAAAGCUGAGAAUAAGGCUGCAAGGAAGCUGUCAUCUGUUACUUCGUGGGAGAAUGCAAAGAAGACUGCUGCAGAAGCUGAACUGAGAAAGAAAGAGGAAGAGCUAGAGAAAAAGAAGGCCGAAUAUGCGGAAGAGAUGAAGAACAAGGUGGCAAUGAUUCACAAGGCGGCGGAAGAGAAGCGAGCGAUGGUCGAGGCCAAGCGGGGCGAGGAGAUUCUCAAGGCCGAGGAAGUGGCCGCAAAAUACCGUUCCACCGGUCUUGCUCCAAAGAAGCUUUUUGGGUGGUUUGGCGCCUAAAAUUUGAAUAUAUAUAUAUAUACACCCAAGAAAUGUGUGAAUUUGCAUAAAGAUCCCUGAAAAGUUGGUAUUUGUGUGAGUGCAUUUUUCUUGUGCAUAUAUACCCCUGACAGGGGCAUGAAUGCAAAUGAAUACGUACAAUUUUACGCACGCAUGCAAAUACCAAUUUUAGAGGGGAAUUUACGUGAUUUUACAUAUUUGCAAGGGGUAUAUCUGCGACUAGAAAGUUAACUGAAAACAAAGUACAAUCCUUCUCUAGUCUGCUUGUUUCUCGGCCAAUUUCUGUUUAUGGGUUUGUUGUUGAUUGUUUUAGCUACUCUUUAGUGGAAAAAUCAGUGUGUUUUGGCGUGUAAAGUUUGAUGUCCUUUGUACAGAUGUAAAAGUUAGAAGAACUUCAAAAAAGUUUGUGAUGUACAUUUGUAAUUCUUUUAGUUUGUGAUGUAAACAUUCAUGGAUGCAAAAACAACUAAGCUGCUUGGAUGAUUGGAUGAUUUGUUUGAUAUUA